UUUUACACAAUCCAGAAGAAGAAGAAGUGUUUAGUCAUUUUCAACUUUGUUUCUCGAAGUUUUCCAAAAUAACAGCCAUAUAAGAGGCCUUUCAGAACGGUUUCAGUAAAUAGUUUCAAGGAAAAUAGCAACUUAACAAGUACAGCAUGGAGUUUCCUCACUUGGGUCAGCAUUGCAGCGAGGAAACUUGCAACAGAUUGGAUUUUCUGCCUGUAAAGUGUGAUUCGUGUGACAAGGUCUUCUGCGCCUCGCACUACAACUACGAGCGGCACCAUUGUCCGGGUGCCCACAAGAAAAACGUCCAGGUGCCCAUCUGUCCACUGUGCCGUGAACCCGUGCCUACGCCACCCGGAGUGGAACCCGAUGUCACCGUGGGCCAGCACAUCGACCAGCAGUGCAAGUCGGAGAGCAAGAAGAUCUACACCAAUCGCUGCCAUGCCAAGGGAUGCAAACGCAAGGAGCUCAUCCCGGUGACCUGCUCCCAGUGUCAUUUGAACUUUUGCCUGCGUCAUCGCCACACCAGCGAUCACGAUUGCCAGCCAUCUAGUGCCAAGCCAGCGGCAGCGUCAUCAUCAUCUACAGCCAGUGGAGGAGGAUGGCAGUCCAUAUUCAAGACCUCUUCGGAUUCACGAUCCAUGGCUGCCCAGGCGGCCGAGCGACGCAGGCAGAAUAAACCAACCAGCAACUCCAAUUCCAAUCCCAGACCAAGAGCUGUGCAGGCCACACAAGUACAAAACAUACAGGGCAAUAUGAGCGAGGACGAGGCACUAGCGCGAGCCCUGGCCUUAUCAAUCAUGGAGCAGGAUGACGCGGCGGAACGCAACCGCCAAACACCAGGGCCAAACAACGCCCCCCCGGUUUCAGUGGGCGGGGCUGGCAACCAGCAGGGAAACGUCAAGGACAAGUGCCUGCUGUCCUAGUUCAAACGGAAGCCAAAAGCCAAGCAACUCUCAACAUAUCCACAUUACUUGACCAAACAGCAAGGAAUCUGCCCAACUACUAGCUCUUAAUCAAUCGAACUUCGUUAUCGUAAUAUUUUGUUGGUAAUUUACUUCGACUUCGUCACAUUCUACGUGGUUUAGCAAAAAUAAAUCAAUGUUAAUUCUA